GCUCCGCAUGCCGCAAAAUUCGGUGUAAAGGAACGAUUUUGUUAGGAUAUUGUAGUUUUUAUGAUCAAAAUGUUCAGCUUAAGAGCAGCGUACCGUUUCGCCCAAAUCGGCCAACGCAACCGGUACAUUGCUACCGGUGUCGCACGGAAUGUUGAGGCCGCGGUGGCUUCAGCCGGAGCAGACAAACUCACGAUACCGGUACCCGAAGGAACGGAGAAGCCGGUUGAUCCGAAGCUAGUGUUGAUCGUCGAUAGCAUUGCGAAACUGAAUCUGCUCGAAGUGUCCGAGUUGAGCACCCUGCUGAAGCGCAAGCUUAAUCUUCCCGACACGGCCAUGAUGCCCGCGAUGGGUUUCGGUGCCUUCGCCGGCGGUCCUGCUCCGGCCGCGGUUGACGAAGAAGAGGCUGCUCCAAAGGUUGUGAAAACCACGUUCAAAGUGAAGCUGGUAAAAUUCGACGAUAAACAGAAGGUGGCGUUAAUCAAAGAAGUAAAGAACCUGCUCGAGGGCAUGAAUUUGGUGCAGGCGAAAAAGUUUGUCGAGAGUGCGCCCACACUCGUCAAGGAAGAUAUUCCCAAGGAGGAAGCAGAGAAGCUGAAAGAAGCAUUCACGAAGGUGGGAGCCGUCAUUGAAAUAGAAUAGAGAGGG